AUGCCGCCCGCGCCCGAGGGGGAGUGCGAGACGUACAUGAGCAACGGCGAGUCGCUCCAGAGCAGAGUGCACCAGUGGCUCCAGCUGAAGCGGAGGGGUAUCAGCAUCAACGACCAGAUCAGCGGCACCAAGGGUUUCCGCAACCCCGACUUUCUGCAGUCGGCUCUGGAGCACUUCAAGGUGGAGGAACGCGGCACGAUGAUCUCGCCCGACGUCUUCGACCCGAGCGAUUACCCCGCCGAGGACUACUACGACGAGCUGGCCAGCGCGCAAAGACGAGAGAACGAGAGGCGGGAG